GGCUCCACACUUCCCCGUCAAGCUGAGCGACUCUGCAGAGAUGCAGUCUGUCUGCAUUUUCCUGCUGGGGUCCACCGUCCUGGCUUUUCCUCUCCUUCCUGCCCUGGCCCUCGACGUGGCCCGGGCAACCGAGGAAGGAAAAGGGGCCGCCGAGAGCUGUUCCCUGAAAGUAAAACCCAGUGGCAAAUGCGAGCCGGGAGAGCAGUGCUCAUAUCAGGUGGACCUGCCUUCGCUGACCGUCCAGCUGCCCAGGGAGUUCAGCCUGAUUGAGAAGGCUCUCAAAGAGGUCGAGGAACUCAAGGAGGCAGUCCGCAGGGUGCAAAAAUCUUGCCAGGACUGCAAACUGCAGGCGGAUGACAACCGAGAAACGGGCAGGAAUGAACUGCUGGACCCUAAUCUGGGAGCCUCGGAGGAGAAGCGGGAUCACACUGUGAAGGACCUGCAGAGUCAAGUCAGUGAACUGUCCUCCAAUCUAAAGGAUGCAAAAGAUCAGAUUAACCUGCUGCAGGAACGCCUGGACCACAUGAACCUCAACAGGAUAGAGAAUUAUGUCGAUAACAAAGUGGCAAAUUUGACAAACGUGGUCAACAGCUUGGGGGGCAAAUGUUCGUCUAACUGUCCAAGCAGCCCCGAGAUACAAGGAAAGCCUAUCCAACAUCUAAUAUACAGAGACUGCUCUGACUACUAUGCGAAAGGAAUGAAGAGAAGUGGAAUCUACCGAAUUACCCCUGACCCCAGGUACAGUGGCUUCGAAGUCUUCUGCGACACGGCCACCGCGGGUGGAGGUUGGACUGUACUUCAGGAGCGGCUAGACGGAAGCACCGACUUCAACAGGACGUGGAAAGACUACAAGCACGGCUUUGGGAAUCUCAGCCGGGAGUUCUGGCUGGGCAAUGACAAAAUCCACCACCUGACCAAAAGCAAGGAGAUGGUUUUGAGAAUUGAGCUGGAAGACUUCAACCGCACCAGGAAAUACGCCACCUACGACUCGUUCUAUGUGGCCAAUGAGUACCUCAAAUACCGCCUGAACGUCGGUAACUAUAGUGGGACGAUCGGGAACGCUCUCCAGUUCAAUAAACAUUAUAACCACGACCAGAAGUUCUUCACCACCCCUGACCGAGACAACGACCGCUAUCCCUCUGGAAACUGUGGCCUUUACUACAGCUCGGGCUGGUGGUUUGACGCGUGCCUGUCUGCAAACCUCAACGGCAAAUACUACCACAAGAGCUACAGAGGUGUUCGCAACGGCAUCUUCUGGGGUACUUGGCGAGGUGUGACCGACGAGCAUCCGGGUGGCUUGAGACAAGCUUUCAAGCAGACAAAAAUGAUGAUUCGGCCAAAAGACUUUAGGCCGUAAAUCUCCCCUGUUCCUUCUCGCAGGUUGGCACGGCUUCGGAGUUCAGUUAUUUCCCUUUCGCUUACACCUUGUGAUGGUAUCAUACGUUCCAUCUUAAAAUAAUCUUUCCUCGGCCAAGCGUGUAAUGUGCUGAGAAUACGAUGUCUUUUCUUUAAACAUGACUGAAAAAGGAAGCAGUAACAUUGAGGGCUGGAUAUUUCUUAAGUUCGAGCAUUGCUGAUGUCCAGGUGAAUGCUGAGUGGCAAACGGGGUAAUCCUUCCCCAUCACUGAAACCCGCCAUCCCAUUAAUUGAAGUUUCCUCCUUGAUACGUAUGUCUCUUGGGGACUUAGUACCAUUAUUGACUACAUUUUUGCUAAUUACAUUUCGCUUUUGUUUUCCUUUGGCACUCCAGAAUCUAUGGGUUAGCCUCUCCUGAGCAGAAGAUAGGUAGGUUCAGAGAUGCAUCACCUUUUCAGAUCACGGGGAUACUACCAGUAAAAUCACUACUCCUGAUCUGACAGAGUUAAUGCACAUUCAAACAGACCCAACUUUCAUCAAGGUAACUGUUUACUUACUUAGAACCUGGCUCUGUGUCUGUUAUAUUCCCCCUCCCUCCCCCACCAAAUGGUAUUUAUUAUAGCCCUUAUGUGCACUAUAUCCCUUUAUAAAUGGUUUUUCAAUGACUAUAUGAAUGGGCAUCUUAAAAUUAAUCAACUUUUUUAAAUCCAUGAAUUCAUCCAUUAAAUCACUUGGGGAAAUACUGUGGCUUAAAAGACCACAGUUGGAGAAAAAAAGGGUUUAAUGAUUAUAAAAUUCAUUAGUUGAGUGGAAGUCAAAACUGCUUCAAUAUCCAAAGUGCCUUUCCUCUGCUUGUAUUCAUCAUAGAAUGUUUAGCAUGUGUUUCAACUUGUCAGACCACUGGUAAUGGCUUUCUUAGAGGACAAAAAAAUUUAAGGCUGGUUUUUUGAUGAAGGACAUGGUCUCUCUGAAAGAUACAGCCCAGAUAGCUCAAAACGAGAAUCCACCAGUGUGUUCUUCGAUAUUUUAAAGGAUGUUCCACUCUACUUGUGAAGCAGGAACAGCAAUGCAUUGUCUUGGGCUUUUGUAAAUACUGUAUACUUCAUUUGGAUAACGCCUAACUGCCAGUAUUAAAAAACAGCCAUUUAUUGAAGAAUUACUAACCAACAUUUCAGUACAAUUAAAAUGACCGUUAACUUUCUAAAGAACAUAUUUGAGUCAAACAUAUUUUACAUUUUUUUCAGUGUUUGUUUUUUCUAAUAAAAUUGCCACAUUUUCAAA